AUGAAAUUUACUAACGAAGCAGCAUUAAAGUUUACAAAGAGAAGCGUUGCUCUAUUAGCUGUAUGGCCACCACUAACAAACACCUCGAAAAAAAAAUUGUUCCUUAUCGAUGUUUAUUUUUGGGGUUCAUUUCUAUUCGCUCAGACAAUGUUAAUGGCUUUAGCAAAUGGAAUGUACGUUCAUCGCAAUAAUUUCGAGAUAAUGAUACAGUCAAUGUGCUUUGGAAUCACUAUUAUACAAAUGAGUAUUAAAAUGAUGACAUGUAGAAUGCAACGUUCGAGUUUACAGUCGAUAAUAGAGGAAAUGGAAAAUAUUAUUAAACAAGCCGCGCCAUACGAAAAAGCUAUAUUAGAAAAAUAUGUGAAUAGAUCUGCGAUACUACACAUAUCCCUUACAUUUGGAUUUUAUUUAGCGGGUAUCAAUAUCGCUUUGGGACCAAUAUUUCUACCACAAUCGUUACCGAAUUUUGCGGCUUAUCCUUUCGACACGGAAUCACAUCCCAUUUACGAAAUUAUUUAUUUUCAACAAGCAUUAACUGCUGUACAAGCUUCUACAGCUGCCACGAUUGAUUGCCAGGUUGCACUUUUACUAUGGUUCGCUGGUGCAAGAUUUGAAAUGUUGAAAACUGAAUUUGCAAAUAUCGUCGACGAAUAUAAUCUUACACGAUGUAUAAAGAAACAUGGUCAGAUACUCAGUUAUGCAGAAAAGAUAGUAAAAACUGUGCGUAUCCUAAUUCUUGCCACUACUGUUAUUACGACCAUAUUAAUUGUCAUUAGUGGACUUAUAUUCAUAUUUACAGAAGAAUUAGCAGUCAAAUUCCAAUUCCUCGUGUUGGAUAUUGUCGCCGUUAUUCAAUUAUUUUUGAACUCAUAUCCGGCUGAAAAUUUAAUACAAAUGAGUACUGCAAUUGGAACGGCAGCAUAUAAUUUGAAUUGGAUGGAUAACUCACGAAAAAUGUGGCAAAAUGUAUGUUUUCUAAUUCAAAGAUCUCAAAAACCAGUUACUCUCAGUAUUCCUGGAUUUAUACCUGCAUUGUCUCUAACUUAUUAUAUGUCGUUUCUGUCAUCGUCAUUUUCAUACUUCACAACAUUGAGAGCUGUUGUUAAAUAA